CUCUUCUUUGUGGAGGUUUCACAAACACCACCAAUCUUCUUCUUCUUCUUCUUCUUCUUCUUCUCUCUUUUCUUUUUAUGUUUCUUCUUCUUUUUUAGUUUUUUGGAUCAAAACCCUUUCUCUCGAUCAAGAUCAUGCUUAGCAAAAGAACCCAUCCCAUGAUCGGCAAAAUAUCGGAGCUCCUCGUCGGUGUUAACCGGUCUGCGGCGGCGGCGGCUCCUUUCUUCGACGUCUUGAUGACGAGCCCUAAAAGCCCACUCGAUUUCAAGAUUCUCCCUCAGAUAUCUCAAAGAAACAGCUCAAAGAGAUUCUACGAUGAAAAUCUUGGUGGGUCCGUUGGUCUAGGGAUUGUAGCCGCACUCGAGAACUCAACCACUCGUCGAAUCACGAGCGUUUGUAGAUCGGAACCGAACCAAUCCGGCCGGUCUGAUCCGGUUAAGUUCAUGAGCCAUGGAGGAAGCACGGACGAAGAAGAAGACGAAGAGAUGUUCACAAUGGACGAGGAGGAUUACACUUUGGUGACGUGUCACCAUGGUCCUAGUGGAUCUUGUAGUACAAGGGUUUAUGACAGAGAUGGGUUUGAGUGUUUCGCAAGUGAGAUCAACGAAGAUCGUCGUGAGAGACUUUUCGUGGUCGAUGUAGGUAUGGAAUCUCCGGAGAAUUCGCCGGAGUUUCAGGGUUUGGAUUUCCUCAAUUCGUGUUACUUAUGCAGGAAGAAACUUCAUGGUCAAGACAUAUUUAUUUACAGGGGAGAAAAAGCAUUUUGCAGCACAGAGUGUCGAUCGAGUCAUAUAGCAAAUGAUGAAAGGAAAGAGAGAUGUAGAUCGAAAUUCUCAACCUCUCCUUACACCGCCGGCCAAAUUUUCUCCGCCGGAGUUCUAGUGACUUAGCCGGAGUUCUUCUACUGAGUAUAUAUACAUAUAUAUAUAUAUAUAUAUGGGGGAUCGGGGGUAAAUAAAAUAAUUAGGCAUAAAUAAUCGGCGAGAGUAGCAUAUAUAUAUAUAUAUAUAUAAAAAUGACAUGCAUGUCCAUAUAAUGAUAUAUGUUAUAUAAUAUAUGGUGGAAACGAAACAACAUCGAGAAAUUUUGGCGAGGGGGUUAAUGAUAGUCAAGAGUGCUAAUUCUUGAUCGUUAAAAUGGCGAGAAAUGGAAUUCAGCUCUUGUUUUUUUUU